AUACUAAACAUUUUCAAACUCAUUAUCUGCAAACAAUCAUCUUUUUAAGUACUGUAUAUAAUAUAUUUGCACUGUGUCAUCAAAGUAAAAGAUUGCUAAAAUAACGUAUGAUUUAAUAAUUAACUUAGAAAUAUUAGAAAUUCUAAACAACAUGUCCUUUGAUCUAAAAAAGUUCACUUAAAUUAUAGAAAUGUGUUUUUAAGAUAAGUCCUGAUAACAAUUUGUAUAAUGUGAAAUCAUGAUUUUUAAUACAGACAUUUAAUCUGUAAGCUGACUAGGUCAUAAUAGCUUAAAAGAGCAACCAUUUUUAUUAAAGAAACAAAUCAAUAAAAUUAAGAUAGAUAACGAAGCCAAUAUGGCAUCUUCGAAAGUAACAUGUAGAGUGAUAAUAGCCUGGAUACUCAUCCCUAUGGCGGCUGUCUUUCAAGGGUUGAUCUGUGUUCAAUUUCAACCAGAGGACUGGACAGACAACCUAUGGCCAUUGAACAUUGAUAAAGAUGCUGAGAUGUUUGAACUGCUGAAUGAAUAUUACAGCAAUGAUUCACUUGAAAACAGAGAAACAGUCAUAAUUAAUUACCUUAUGCUGCAUAUUUAUCCUUCAGAUAAGGACUACAAGCACUGUUCAGAAAAUAAAAUCCCAGGACAUCUUCCUUUCUAUGAAAAAUACAAAACUCUUCCAGAUGGAACAUUUACUCACUCCCAGACUAACACAUUUGGUAUAAGGGAAAAUGCAAUCGGAAAAUUAAAGUUAGUUAUGAUUCCUGAAAAUGCAAUGGAUAUUUACAACUGUUUUACCAGAUCAAACAAGGAUGUUAUUAAGCCUACAGAUGUAGAUUAUGAAUAUUGUAAAAACAAUUCUUUAUUAGUUGGCAAAUAUAACUGGACAACUCAAGAAUACCAUAUGAUAUGGGAUGACUUGGAAACAAAUGACAGGAUCCAAUUUAGGUCAAUUCCAAGAAAAUUUGAAUUAACAUCCGACACCUAUAAAGAAAUUGUAUAUUCAUGGUUGACUGGCGGUAGGAUGUCAUAUCCUUCAUUUCAACUAUUCAAUGAUAAAUAUGAUGUAAGCACUGUCUUACAUUAUAAUACUGAGCUAUGGAAUGCUUUAAAAUGUCAAAAUUCUAGUAUCGCCAAAACAAGUAGACUUAACUUAUACAAGUUAUUAUCAGGAAAAUGGAAGCCAGCUAACAUAAUUUCACAUCCAGUGUAUGUUGCUAACAUAUGUCUAUCAAGUCAAGAUUAUGUGUUCAUAAAUAGUAAGGAUAUGACAACAGAUAUUGUAGCACCAGAUGCAGCAUGGACCCUUUCUUACCAGUAUACUGGUUAUUUUGAAGAUGAAGCAAAUCCAUUUGGGUCUACACCUAGAGUUGAGUACUUAUUCAGACAUCAUAACAGCACUAAAUUCAAAGUUUUGAAAAAGGGACAGAAAUACACUAAACUUCCAAACAAUAAGUUAGAAUCAAGUUUUACAAUACACAGGGUGUCUAAAGAAAAUGAGGGAGAAUACAUGGCACUAUUUCUAGAUUUAAUGUCACAGCGCUGGAAAACCUCUCCACCCUUAUAAAAAAUUCAACCUUGAAAGUCCGAAUUUAAACCAUCGGACAAUCAUUGCACAAUCAUUGAUCCAAUCAUUUAUGCAACCAUGCCAACGGUUACAAUGCAACCAUUACAAUUUUGGUUGUAAACUCAUUGAAAAUAUUUCAAUCAUAUGUAACCAUUGUAAACGCUUGACAAUUUUGAUUGCAUUUCUUGUAACCGUUUCAAUCAAAUGCAACCCUUUAAAAUUAUGGCAAUAUUAUCUCAAUACAACACAAAAUAAUUAUGUUGCUCCUUAAAAUAUAUUUUUAAAUGUAUGUAUUUCAUGCAUACAUGUCAGAAUUUAAAUGGCUUGAUCAAAAAGAUAUUUAAAGUAUUGAAAUAGUUUAGUAAACUUGUCUUAUGAAUGAAAAUAUAUUGAACCAAUUUCCAUCUAACGUUGAAGGAUGGUGAUUGUCUCACUCACAUGUAUAUUAUCUAGAUAACAGCAAUGCUAAGGCAUAGCAACUUCCCUUGCUGCCAUGACUAUCAUUUUUACAAAAUC